GACAAGUAGCGCAGCAGCAGCUGUUGUCAUUUUCGUAAUUUCGAAGCAUUGAAGCAUUGAAAGAGGCAAUUUGCCAAGUUUUGUACAUACGUUUCCUUAUUGGAAUUAAAAUUAGUGUUAAUUUUAAUGAUUCAAUGAAAUAUAAUUAUUGGAUGAUAUGGUGACAACGUUUUAAAGUGGUUCAUAUUGCAAUUGGUGAGCCGUAACCGCGAGUUUGUUGAUGUUUCUUCGAAGAUCUUAAAACUCUAUGUACAAAUGAAAUGCAAUAUUCGUGAACUUGCUCAAUUGAGCGAUCAACCUUGUGUGAUAGAAGGAAGAUUAAACUAUAAGAAGAUUUCCAAUGGCAGUUAUCGUAAUCAGACAGUGUUCAAAGAGAGAUGGUUUCGGCUGAUUAACAAUUAUUUAUUUUAUUUCAAAAUCAGUGAAAUGGGAAAAUUUGAUACAAAAUGUCCCGCUGGGAUGUUUGUGUUAGAGAAUUCCUCCAUACAAAUGGAACAUGGGCAGAGCAUACCAUUUUCAUUUUCUAUUUCUUUUAUAGAUGAACCAGAAAAAAGACAUGUAUUUGCAGCCCGUGCUGAAGAUAAUGUGGUUCAGUGGGUUAUGAAAUUAAGGCAGAGCUCGUAUGAAUAUCUACGCAACAGGCUGCAUGCGCUGCAGUCCAAGAUAUUUGCAAUCACUGGGAAGGAUCCUCUGCUCCUAGUGCCAAGGAACGAGGGAGCAUGUUUGUGGGCACCAUCUGUACCGUUCUCAACAGCUCCAGCUUGCACCGUUAACACCAGUUCAUUCAGCUGCCAUCUUCACACAAAUGGCGCGUUUACACUCGAAAGAAGCAAAUCAGAUGUUCAAGCUCAUAAACAUUUCCAUGCAGAAUACUCUCAAAAAUCUACAUUUUAUACUGACGACCAUAAAAAGGUUACUGAGAGACGAGAGCAUUCCAGUGAAGUGUAUUCUCUAGAGAGAAGUAAAACGUCGGCCCUUUUACCAGGUAGUGCGAAUCCGAUUGACAAAACCAUUUUCGACAAUCGUCCACUCUACUCUAGAGCUGCUCCGAGUCCGCCCGUCAGAACGAAGCUAUCGCCAAGCAGUCGGCGUGUUGAAAUGAAUCAAGAUGUCAAGGUUUUUGCCGAACAAAGUAGAAGUUUAGGUAUAACAGGUAUUCUAGAUGAAGCUCCGAUUCCGCCUAGAAGAAAAGUGUCGCCAAAAAAUUUAGAUAUUCCAAACCCUACCAUUGAGAUUACUAACAAUACUGCCAGCACAGAUACUGAUGGUGGCAGUGAUGAUCUGAUUAAAUUUUAGUGUGUCCAGUUGCUGGAAAGAAAUCCCACCUAUUUAUUAUUAUAGAUUGUUUAAUAACUUGCCAGUUGUAUAGUUAAUUUCUAUGUGGUUGAGCUGGAUAUUAUGGAUAUCACAAAAAUGACAAUGAAAAGAUUGAAAUGUGUGAUUACAAAGUUAUUUUUAUAUAUUUUUUUUGUAAUUAGUGCUAGAAUUGACCUACUCAUUUUGUAUGUACAUAACUUUGUCUAUGUACAUAAAUGUAAGUCUACAUCGAGAUCUUUAUAAAUUGAUAGUGAUAUUUUGUAACUUUUGUACUAGACCAAAACAUAAAUAGAUCCUGGAUAGCAUUUUCAAAGCCAUUUAUUGUAAGAUAUAGAAUAUCUUUGUACAAACCGAACUACCCUCAUGAUGCUACGUCGUAUAUUAUAAUUCAAUUAUUGGAACAAAUUAUAUAGUUACAUUAUUGCUUGAAUAAUGCUUAUUUUAGUAAAAUAUAUUAUAUUUGGUGCUUUGUGUAAGCGUCCAUUAAAUUGCAUUCAUUUACA